CAUUUAAAAUUUGAGGGUUACUCUAGAGAUAGAUUCAUGCUGCCAGGUCCAAAACAAAAGAGCAUCCAAGAUCUGCCAACAUAACUUGAUUUCCUGUUGGAUAAAGGGGCAGGGAGUAGUCCUCAAAACAACAAAAACAGUUUCAGACAUGGACUGCCAUAUUUCUGUCUGGGGAGUUUUGGCCUUUUUGAGUUUGGCCCUGGUUAUUUCACUGAUACUGAACAUUUCACACUAUAUGAAAAAGAAGCAAGCUAAAUUAUAUAAAGACUAUGAAGACAACAGUCCAAGCUACAAUAACCAUUACACAGAAGAUGACCCAAUUUAUGGCAACCUUAAUCAAGACAUUUUAGAGGAAUGUUGUUAUGAACAGAUGACAUCCCAGCCUCAAAGACCAGUUAAUCAACUACAGGUGGAGUCUGCCAAUCAGAUGUGUUAUGCCUCACUUGAUCACAGUGUCAAGGGAAAACGCAGAAAACCAAGAAGACAGACAGACCCUUCAUUAGAAGAGGAUGAAGAAAGAUCAUCUAACCACACCACAAUGGCUUCCAAAGUCAGCAUUUACCUCAAUAGUGAGCAGCUGGCUGCUGAAAACACAGCAAAAGUAGAAGCCAUUCAUGAUGACCCCAUUAGAUUAAUGGGUUUGAUUCAUACUACAAAAGGAGAGAACAUUUGAAUUGUCUUCACGAACCAAAUAUGUAAUCAGAAAGUGAGAUCUGCUUGUUCAUUCUAGAGGAACAGUGAACGACUAGAGCUAAUAUCCUGGCAAACUGACAUACCAAACAAUGGUAUAAAAUGGGUAAGUUAAGUGUUCCCAAAGUGUCUUCCAAGCAUAUUUACAGACUAAACAAGAAAUAAAUGCAGAUUCAGACUGUGACUUUGAAGGAUCUGAAGACAUUUUACAAGGCAGUCGUAGAAGUUGGUGUCUCAGCAUUCACAUGGUACUGAUCCCAGUAAAAAUUAAUCUCAGAAUCUUUAGGGUUGGAAAGGACCUUUGGAGAUCACCUUGUCCAACCCCCUUGCCAAGGCAGGGCCACCUAGAAUCCUUUGUUUAAAACAACUAUCGAUUUUCAGACAGUCGCAAAAGACCCACUCUGUUUUCUGGAGAGCUUUAGCAGACUAUAACUUCUCUUCCAUAAAGGUUUUAGCAAUACUUUUGGAAGGAAAUCAUGUUUCAUACUUGCACACUUAAUGAUUUAGUUGUUUUCCCCAAUUAAAAACUGAUCUGCUGUUCAACACUGUGUACUUUCCUACUGUGACUGGUCUAUGGUAACAACACAAUAUAUCUAAGGAUAAUUGGAGAAUAAUUUAACAGCUUGUUUAAAGUAGCAAUUGUACAUCUUGCAAGAUCUAACAACAUCCCUAUCUUUAGUUUCCUUCUGUGAGCAAUACCAGGAUACAUCUCAAAUCUCAACUCCUCUACUAACGUAAUGUUGUAUCCAGCUGUAUUCAGA